UCGCUGCAGAUGCAGCUGGCCGAGCGGCACGAGAUCACGGUCAAGACGCUCGAGUCCAAGCGCGAGCUGCAGGAGCGAGUGACCGACCUGCAGAAGGACUUUGAGCGCGAGCGCAAGGAGACGUUCGGCAUCACGCAGGACAUGACCCGCCAGUACAAGAGCAUGCAGGAGGAGCUGCUGAACCGCGUCAACACGCUGGAAAACACCAACACGGAGCUGCGCGACCAGCUAGAGCUGGCGCGCGUCAACUUUGAGGAGAUGAAGCACGACAAGGACCGCAUCAUCGCGGCAAAGAACCUCGAGAUCCAGGAGCUCAAGGCCAAGAUGGAGGAAAUGGCGCAGGAGUUCGGUGACAUGCUCAAGGAGACGCUCGACAAGAUGCGGGAGCGCAUCGAGAUCACCAACACGAGCUUCGAGAACGACGGCGGCUCUCUGCCCAUGAUGCGGCGGCUCGAGGAGUUCAACCUCGGCUCCCCCACCAAGUCUUGA